AUUCGGAGGCACGCACUCGGCUAGGCGCAGAGGCUUUCUCCUCCCCCAAGCCGAAACACCAGAGGGCGAGACUCGAGAGAGAAGAGCGGCGCGGCGGAGGACAGCACUGGAUGGAGCCCUCGCCGGCGGCGGGAGAGCUUGGCGCGAUGCUUCGUGCGGCCGCUGACUUCGCGUCCUACCCAGGGUUGCAUAGUGAUGAUACUGUGAGGCAGUUCCUGGAACGAUGUCCGCUGCCUAAGCUCUUAGGUGCAUUGCAGAGUGAAGAAGAUGUACCUGGGAUGGUUGAAACUGUCACAGAGUGUUUAGACAAAAUAUUUUCCUCAAGAUAUGGAGCGUCACUUCUGCCAAACUACGGUGCAUUUAUUCAAGCUGGAUUGCUCACAGACUCGAAGCAAAUCAGAAAAUUAGCCUGCAAAGCUGUACUCCAUCUUCUUGACAAGGCUGAAGAUGGUGGUGCUGCUGUGGAAACAGUUGUGCAGCAUAAUCUGUAUCCUCUUCUGAUCAAAUGUUUGAUUGAGGGAGAUGAAGAAAUUUCAGCAAUCAUUUUGGACACUGUAAAGCGUUUAGCCCAAAUUCCUAAAGGAGCUGAAGUCAUAUUCCCACCAGAUGGUCAAGGAUCUGUGCAACUUGGUAAAGUGGCAGCUCAGUCAUCUUCAUUGGCACGGAUUCGUAUUCUAUCUUUGAUAGCCAAGCUCUUCACUGUUUCAAGUUAUACUGCUACUGCUAUUCGUGAUUCAAACCUUCUGAGCAUAUUUGAAGAGGAAAUAAAAGAUAGAAGAGAUAUGCUUAAAACCCUCAGUGCGCUAGAGGUCCUAUAUGAGCUUGUUGAACACCCUCACAGCAACAUUUUCCUGCUGAAGACCAACUUGCUUCAACUCAUAAUUGAUAUCAUCAAUGAUUCCUCAGCUGAUUCUGUUAUACGGUCAAGGGCAGCAUUAGUUAGUGGGAGGCUUCUUUCUUCAGCUGAUGCUUUCACAGCAAUAGAUAAAUCCUGCGUUACCAAUCUGCUCAUAGCCAUAGGCAGAAUUUUGAAGAUGGAAGAAAGCAAGAAUACUGAUGAAAUUGAGAGUGCAUUGGAGACCUUGGGUCUAAUUGGUACAACAAGUCAAGGAGCACAUUUCUUGCUGACAUCAUCAAAUGUUGCCAGACAUGUUGUCGAGUCAUCCUUUGAUCGUCAAGGCAGGGGUAGACAGCUGGCUGCUUUACAUGCCUUUGGGAACAUCUGUGGUGUUGGUAGACAAGAAGAUCAGAUGAAACUGGAUAGCGAAGCCGAGGAAAACUUGAAGCGCUUGGUCUAUACGACUGCAGCAAACAGUCCAAAAUUAACCCCUUCAGCUCUUCUACUAUCAGUUCUGCAACAAGACCCAGACGUUAGGAUAGCUGGCUACAGAGUAAUAACAGGACUGGUCAUCCGGGAAUGGUGCUUAAGGGAGGUUUGCUUAAAUUCAGAGAUAAUCAGAUUUGUUACGGAUCCAACAAUGGAGACAACAAAACUUGGCAUGGAAACCCGGUAUGGCUGCUGUGUGGCAAUCAACAAGGCCCUAUCAUCAUCCCAUCUUCUGCAUGAAGCAAGUCUUUCUGAACUCGUUGGGAAGUUGAAUGAUGCGGUGAAACGGGGCCCUUACCUUUCUGAUAGGAAGCGUGUGGAGGCACGGCCGGUGGUUGAUACUGCAGAGAGGUUUUAAGGUGCCCUCGAGUAUUCACCCAAAGUAAACGAUCACUCUCACAGCGUAGCUAGGAGGUAACUGAGCGUGCCCUGCGUCUCAUACGGUUGGCUUAUGGGUAACAGACAUAUAUAUGAUGUACCUGGACGAUGGGGAGGACAAUGUGUAGUUGAAUUCACUGAGACUGGCACAAUACCUAAACUUACAAAGCAAAGAUGUUGUUUC